AUGAUUCAGUCAAGUGAUACCAGGAGCUCCUUAUUGCCCAGCCUCAAUCCUCAACUACUUGAUUUUCUUUACGAUGUACAGAACGACAAGUUGAACGAUGACCUACGGCGACUUGAAAUUGAAUUUGGAAUCAAUCGGGAACAGGUUGCUUUCCAGGUAGCCUAUGUUGCAAUCGGAUUCAUAGCUGUGUAUCUGAUGAUUGGAAAAGAUGCUGGGCUUUUGUGCAAUUUGAUUGGUUUCGUCUAUCCUGCAAUCGCCUCAAUUAUAGUUNAAUUUUCCGCUGCGAUGGAAAUGGAUAUAAGAUACGACAUAUUUUUGUGGCUGUUGUAUUGGAUGUGCUACGGUCUAUAUGCGAUUCUUGAUCUGUACGCUGAAACAAUUAUGGAUGUACUACCGAUUUAUUGGCUUUCCAAGACACUUGUUCUGCUCUAUCUUAUGCUGCCACAAACGAAAGCGCUACACAAAAUCUACGUAAACGCAGUCAUUCCAGCAGUUGCUAAAGCUGAAGAAUUCAUUCUGAACUACUAA